UUCAGGUUGGAUGAAUACCCUGAAAGAACACCUCAAAACGCUACUUGGUUUCUUAAAACCAUUCUAAGGAAGAAUAUUAAGUCCAUUUUCUGCCACGACUGUUGAAACAGAGUAUCGCUUGUCAAAACGAAAGAUAAGUUCACAUCUGAAAAUGUUCUAUAUUAAUUGAACACGCUGGACAGACGGAUGUUGGAUGGAUUUGUAAAACUGCAUACUUACAAGAAGCUGGCAUAUAUGUUAUGUAUACAGGAGACGUAAUUCUUGUAAUUUGGAUACAUUACAUCAAUCAUCAUCAUAAAUCUGCCAGAUACUGAAAUAAACGGGAUUGCUCUAGUUAGCACAUACUAGUUCAUAAAAAGCUCAUCUCUUCACGUCAUUGUGCCCACCGCAGACUACUAUAUAUAGCCGUAACUGACUCUCAUCUCUUGUUGUUAGGCAAAUGGCGUCAUUAUCAUUCUAACUGUAAAUCUGUUGGAUUUUCGCUGCAUUUUAUACUUCGAUAUUCAUUCUGAAGAUAUUUUUCUGUUGCCCGACUAGCAUGUAAGUCGGUGAGAAAUCAGAACCGCAAGCACUCUUAAGUAGUUUUGUUUUUUUUAAGAAGACGUAUAACCCUACAACUCUUAAUACGAGAAAAAAUAAACUUGAUUGAUGAUCAUGUGCUCGAAAAUGAGCUGUCAGUGGGCACUACAGAACGUCUCAUUCCAUGAAAUGUGAUGCAUGGCAUAGCAUCCAUCAGCGUUGGCGCGGGAUAUAGUUAAUGUCGAUAUAAUCAACAUCGUAUUGAGACUCUCCCGAAUCUCUCGUAGUACAUUUUACCUGGUUCUUUGACAUCAAAGGAUAGGCGCUUGCAAGGUUGUUUCUUCUGCGAAUUUAUGCUUGUGAACGUUGUUUCAUCGGGGUUUAAGCAUUGGGUCUGUUACAUAAAAAAGGACCAGAAUUGAGGACGUUCGAGUCGUUUUUCAGCCGUAAAGAAGCACCCGGAAAACACAUGCAAGGAUAUAAAGCUCAUCGAUCACUUCAACUCAACGACUUCAGGCAAUUAUUAUUUCCUCAACUUGGAGAGUUAGCGAUAUCUAACCAUUGACGUCUUCGGAAAGCUGUCGAGGCCUUGUGUGUAAAUUAAGACUGAAACCAGAAAGGAAUUUAACAACGCAAGAUUUCGGAUUUUUGUUUGUUGUUUAAAUAGAAGACAGGUAGUACGAUGACUUUAAACGCGACGUACAAAAACGACCAAUUCUUGCUAGAUGGCAACAGAACACACAACUACGAAUUUCCCGAAACAACAGCUGCGGAUGUGUUAUGGAAAAUAAUGCCUCCAUUACUCAUCGUAAUGGGAACGUUCGGGAAUUGCUUAUCUUUAGCCGUGAUGACAAGAAAGUCAAUGAGGGCAACACCGAUCGGAAUCUACCUCGCCACGCUGUCCGUGGCCGAUCUAGUUGUGUUGUGGGUGGGGUUGAUGCGGCAUCUCCUCAGUUCCUUCGAUGUUGCAGAUAUCCGCGAGUUCAGCGUCUUUUCUUGCCAGAUGACCAAGUUUCUGACGUACUUCAGCAUGGACUUUGCGGCGUACAUCCUCGUCGCCGUGUCAGUUGAAAGGUACAUAGCGGUAUGCCAGCCGGAGAAAGCCAGCACCUUGUGCACAAUAAAGCGGUCUGUGGCGGUGCUUGCGAUCAUUGCCGUCUUAAUCGCCGCCAAAACGCUGCACGUGUUCUGGACACGCGGCAAUGAAUAUCAGCUGGUUGGAAACGAGACGGUUUUGGUCCGCGUUUGUGGAUAUCCCAAUGAAAGCUACAGGUUCUUUUGGAAGCACGUGCUUCCCUGGAUCAUAUUCUGUGUGUACGUCAUCGGACCGUUUGCCACCAUGUUGGUUCUUAACAUCUUAAUCAUAAACGGUUUAUAUAACCUAGAAAAGCGGCGGUUUCACAGGAACGGCAAUGCGCCCGACAAGUGGGGUUCCGAUUCACGAAGUUCUAAUGGGCUUUUAGGAUCCCAAAGCCAAUCUAAAAACGAAAGAGCCCGCCACGCCUACACCAAAUCACUGACCAUCAUGCUGUUGUCAGUGACCAUAGCGUUCCUUGUUCUGUCCAUCCCAGGAUUUAUAAACCGCCUUUUGCAGUCCUACUGGAAGCGGAAGAUUGGCGAUCCCCACGAGAAGGCCAAAUUUGAACUCACGCAAGCGGUAGUAUUGAUUCUGAACUACGCGAACCAUUCUAUAAACUUCUUUCUCUACUGUCUGACAGGAAGACGAUUCAGAGAGGAACUGAGAAACAUCAUUAGAGAAAUCUUUUCGUUUCUUAAAUGUUCGAAUUAAGUUGACAUAAAAGAUAACUGUUAGUAGGAGUUGGGAGAUUCCAUGCAAUUCUGUGUAGAAAAUUUGAUGUAAUGUCCGUUGCGGGUCGCCAAAAAUAUGACACUUUUCUGAAACAUACCAGCGUUAACAUCAGUAUUUUCUAUGAUCUUAUAGGGAUAACAACCGUUCGUAUGAGAUUCAUAUUUCACAGUAAAAAAAAAAUUAUAAAAUUAAAUAAAAAAAAUAAACUCCAUUUUAAAUACCAAAACUGCGGUUAUUGCAAUAUUCUGGAAACUGUGCUUGUCAUCAGACCACGUGGACCUUUGUAAGUGGCUAUACACGGUACCUCUGUAAUUAUCUCGUAAGAAAUUACUUCAUAAAGGCAAUUUCUUUUAAAAAACAUGGAAUAACUUUGAAUGUCGAAAUUGAUUGAUUAGACAUUGGUAAGUAUGGGGAAAUCAUCGUUUACCCCAGGGAAAUCCGUUUUUAUGUUAAAACGAACAGUUGUUAUCCCUUUAACGUUUGCUCAGAGAUGCACACUGAAGCGGACUCCAAACUGAUGGGACCUCGGGAACGGGGCCAACAUCAGGGGUGGGAAUCCGUUUACUUGAUUGCAUUCAGCAAGAUUACCCAAAGUGUUAGUGCACACUAGCUGGUUCUAAAGAUUCAUUGUGAAUUAACCCAAGUCGCUGGGUCAGUCACCAACUAAACAUUACUGAUCCCUACUGUUAUUUCUCUCUUUAUCCUUAAUAUAACAUAUACACUUAUUUAGCAUUGGACUCUAACCCAAGUGGCUUCCAAUCCAGGUGUAUUAUUAUAAUGGUCACUUUGAUCGAAUUAAUU